UAAUCAAAGAACCCAAAAAAAUAAAAAUAAAAAUAAAAAUAAAAAGACUCAGAGAGACCCGCAAAGCUUGAACGGCGAAAAUGGAGAGGAGGAAGCGAUUUGGGGCCGCUAUGGAGGGCCAGUUGUUGAUGGCCAUUCUUCUAUUCGCGAGCUUUUUUGGUCGCAUCUCGUCGCUUUCCGUGACGGUAAACGACGUCGAAUGCGUCUACGAGUACGUUCUCUACGAGGGAGAUACUAUUUCCGGGAAUUUUGUCGUUGUCGACCAUGAUAUCUUCUGGAGCUCCGAUCACCCAGGAAUUGAUUUCACUGUGACUUCUCCUGCGGGUAAUAAUGUGCACACUUCGAAGGGAACAUCUGGGGAUAAGUUUGAGAUUAAAGCCCCACGAAGCGGCAUGUAUAAAUUCUGUUUUCACAAUCCUUACUCAACACCGGAGACUGUUUCUUUCUACAUUCAUAUUGGUCAUAUUCCCAAUGAACAUGAUCUUGCCAAAGAUGAACAUCUGGACCCUAUUAAUGUAAAAAUUGCUGAGCUGAGAGAAGCUUUGGAGUCUGUUACAGCUGAGCAGAAAUAUUUGAAAGCACGAGAUGCUCGUCAUCGUCAUACCAAUGAAAGCACAAGGAAGCGUGUUAUAUUCUAUACAGUUGGAGAGUAUAUUUUGCUGGCUGCUGCAAGUGCAAUGCAAGUUAUAUAUAUCCGUCGUCUUUUCAGCAAAUCAGUGGCAUACAACCGAGUUUGAGCUUCUUUAGCAUGUUGGUUAGCAAAAUUCUUAUAAGACUUACUCCAAAUAGACUUUUUAUUCUGUAUAACAAAUUACGAGAAUACUUUUGUUUUAUUGAUUGCAAUUGUUAAAAGACCGCUAAACUAGUGAAUUUGUACUUUCUUUUUGCUUUUA